AUGCUGCCGCAUGCGCAAGCUACAGCAUGUGACAUUGUUAUAACAGUGACGGUAACCCAAACAACGCUGCGGUCGAAAACCGUGUGUGACCAUUUUAGCGGGUCAAUGAGAAAGGCCGAAAGGGAAUAUGGCCCAAACACUAGCUUUCAGGAGUGUGAGGCGAGCACUUUCGGAGGCGCUUCCAGUUUUGACAACUAUGACUGGAGGGGGAGAUGGGCAUCCGCAGGUGCCACAGGCCACUAA